AUGGUACUGGAAAACGAAUUCAUUGGAAACGCGUACAUCACGCGACAGAAGCGGUGGGAAAUCUCCUGCAAACUUCACCUGACAGAGCGUCAAGUAAGCUGA